AGGUCGCUGUUGGCGAGAUGUUCAUGUGCGUUUUCGUUUAAAGAGUAAAACAAGCUAACCUUUGAAGUGAUACCGUCAAGUAAAAUAAGAUUUUAAUUCAUUAAUAAAAACUGCGGGAAAAUAUCACUUCUAUUUAUAAUUCUAAAAGUGAAUAAAAAAGUUUCAUAAUUAUUUUGAAAAUGUACACAUUCCAACCGUACAUUUUUACUGAACAUUCACUUAAUGGUAUUGCAAAAUCUGAAGAAAGGAUAUCAACAAUACGGUGUGAUGGUAAAAAUUUAUAUAUUUACGAAGGCAUGGAUCCAACGACUGCUGUGGAUUUUCAAGAUGAAUUAACUGAUUCUUUAUUUGACGCGUCGAAGUCUGACUUUCGUGAUAUCAGAGUGUACAAUUUAGCUGGACAACAAUGGAGAUUAAUGAGAAAUGAUAGUAAUUUACCUGAUGAUAAAGAUAUCAUUUUUGGUACAAUUUUUGAAUCAAAUUAUUUAGUCAUUUGGACAAUACGAGGACCUUUUGAUGACGAACUUUCAAGUCUUAAAGGCCGAUUACAUAUUUAUGAUUUAAAUACCGAAAGUGCACUUGCCAGAAAGACAAGUGGACAAAUUCCGAAUUCUUCACUUCCAGUUAAUUUGAUUCGUCAUGGAAAAUAUAUUUAUACUGUCGGAAUCGAAAAAGAUUACAAAAACUUUUCCGAUGUAUAUAAAUUAAAUAUAGAAAAUGGUGUAUGGGAAGUUGUUUAUACUUGUCGAGGACUUGAUGCCAAUGAACCAGUUGGUAGAAUAAAUCAUACUUUAGUUUAUGGUAACAAUAUGAUUUAUAUAUUUGGCGGGGUUAUAUAUGGUCCUAGACUUAAUCCAUCUUCUUUGGUCCAAAUAUCGGCGUUUGAUUUAGAAAAGUGCUGCUGGAAAAUAAUGGACACUCAUGGUGAUGAAAAUCACAUACCGCAAUAUCCAUCUAAAAGAGAUCAUUUUGGGGUAACGAGUUACACUGACCCGGAUUCUGGUGAAAUACAUGUGGUAAUAUCUGGAGGAAUGGUUAAUGAUAUUAGAGAUACCUUCAAUGAUGUCUGGAGAUUGAAUCUCACAAGUUUUAAAUGGACGUGUCUUGAAAGAUUUGGUACUGUCUUGCCUUGUCCCGUUAAUAAUCAUUCAAUGACCGUUUCACCUGCAGGAAAGUUAUUCACCUUUGGUGGAUGUAUUUUUAAUAAUGAUACGCAACAAGGACUUUGUUUAUCUACUUUACACUCAACUUGGCUCAGGAUUCCCAAACUCACAGACAUUUGUUGGGAAGCUGUUUUCCAUUACUAUCCAAACUUGAAAUCAAUGACCGACGAAGAAAUUAUGUCCCUCGGCCUUCCAUUGCAGUUACUUAAGUCGCAUAUUAAUUAAUAAAAUACUUAUAAGUAAAUUCAUUGUAUUCAUUUUUUUAUUUAUUACACACUAGCAUUUAAAAUCAUAACAUUCAUAAAUUCAUUUAAAACCAAAUUUAUAAUUUUUUUAAUUUACUGUUACUUUUUUAUAAUAGAAAAUGUACUAAAAAAUUUAAUGUCUUGGUGUUUUAUUCUAUAAUAAUAUAUGACACAA